CAAUUAAAUGGAAUCUAUUCUGAGCAUUGAAGAGUCUGUGUUUUGGCACCAACUGCCCAUUAGAUGGCAGUCUGCACCAAGUAACAGCAGCGACCGGGCCUUACCUUGCUUCCCGAGGAAACCUGACAGUGAGCAGGAAUCAGCUGAUGAUUGCUUUCCACUGCUGUCCCCGAGCUUAAUAAAAGUGACCCCGACGAGUCACUAAAAAGGGGUCCAGCUCGGACUCUUUCCAGCGCUGCACAGGAGUGCAUGGCAUCGCUGCAGUUCUGGUUUCGGUGCUGUGGUAAUCCAGGAAUUCUCAACAGUUUACAACUAACACUUGAAGGGGCAAUGUACUUUGUUCUGGCAGUCUGUUAGAAACCUUAGUGUUCCUCAGAGUAAGCAGCAGAACGUCACAAUCCACCAACAGGACAUCAAGAAGUCUGCUUGCUUUCCAUUUGGCAUGAGAAGUUGACGCAGCGUGAGGUCAAAUGUGGGUGAUUCGAGGAUAGAGGCCGGAGAUGGUGUGGUAACAUUUCCAUGGUAACCGUCGUUCGGGUGUGUACCAGCAAUACAGCUUUCCCCACCCAUGCAGAAGGAAACAUUUCUCUAGAAUAGAUGCUGCAAGCAAACCUGGCCUUUGUGAAGCAUCUUUCCAGCAGAGCUCUGAAGCGGUCGUUUGAGAUCGAUGAUGUGAGUGACGAGCCUCCGUUUUCGCCAGUUUCCCAACUGAGCUCCCCUUUCUCUCCAGGCCCAACGGAAGUGCAGUCACCCCGGCUCACUGAAGGCUUUGCAUCUUCCCCGCCGUCCUAUCACACAAGGAUCAACAGGAGCUCGAGCACCGUCCCACCCCCCGGCUCUGCCCAAUACAGGAAGGUAUCUUCAAGCUUUUCUUUUAAUCAUGGCUCCAAGCCAAUCCCUAGGGCCAAUGGGAGCGCAGCGGGUACAUUAGGCCGUGUCUCCUCUUUCCAAAGCAAAAUAAACCCCAUUAGCUAUGUCCAGUCCUCCAGACCUGGUGUUGAUGAUGGUCUCCAUGGCUCUGCAUCUAGUCUUGUAUAUCACUCGAGGUUAAACUCUGUGUCGGGCCCACUGGGAUGCCAUGAUCCUGGUGUUAAGGCAAACCAUGUGCCAUCUCCGGCUUUGAAAAAGUACCUAUCGCAGGGCAAUAUGUUCCAUUCUGAAGUGGACCGACCUGUGACGUCUGUGAAUGAAGGUGCGGUCAAUCAUGGUUCUAUGCCAUCGCUGGACCUUCACAUAGCUGAAGACCUCGCCCUGGAAGGCAAGGCAUCAUCCAAACUAAUGCAUAAAUCAAACGUACCUCCUUACUCUGGGACAAAGUCUCCAGUGGCUCAAGGGAUCUCACCUGGCCACGGUCAGCGAGUAAGUCAGAGAGAGCCACGGAUUGCUUCAACUGCCACCUAUCCUAGUUUAAGCAUGAAGCCUAUGCAAGAGGUGAACUUUGGGCCAACUAAUUCAUUUUCCAGCAAUGUGGCUGACUCUUUCUGUAAAGCUCAGCAGAGUCUAAUUACAAACCCUGAAUCGCCUGCAAGAAGUCUCCCAGGAUCUCAAAUCAUCCAGAAUACAACUUCCACCCCUAUCACCCUGACAAGAUCAAAGCAACCUGCCACGAUGACAUCCAUGCAUCAACCUGGAGACUUCCUGCCUCUUGCCGUCAACACAGAGUCCAGCUCAGUAUCCAUGCAUCAAUUGCCCCAGUUCAAGCUAGUGAUGCAGCCACAGAUGAUUCAGGCCCCGACACCUCCUCACUCCCCCAUGCCUGAUUUGCAACCUAAACUCACACAGAAUUCUGCUUUGAAUGAGCACCCAGUAUUCGCUCUACAUGCGAUGGAUAAUGCAGACCUUGUGGCCAAGAGAAAUCCUCCCUUCUCAAAAUCAGAUGAUUUAGGGAUACAUUUUAUCAGCUCUAACAUCAAACUGACAGACAACAUUUAUCAUGAUGGGAAACGAGAGGACCCAUCUCUGGAACAAGAAGUUCAGAUGCAUUUGAAGGAGCAAGGAUUAGGUCUGAAGGAGGUGAAAGCAACGAUGGCGGAGAGAACGCAGGAGACUGGGCUUGUUUGCUCGGAAGGAUUUAAGAAGGACGUGACGGGGAGAGAUCUCUUUGGAUACGUGGGCAUUGAAGCAGUCCUGGAUCAGAUGAGACGCAAAGCCAUGAAGACCGGGUUUGAAUUCAACAUCAUGGUCGUAGGUGAAAGUGGACUUGGAAAGUCGACCUUGGUGAACACCCUGUUCAAGUCAAAAGUCAGCCGGAAGUCCUGCAUGCCCAACUACGUGGAGAGAAUUCCCAGAACAGUGGAGCUCCAAACUAUUAGCCACAUUAUUGAAGAAAAAGGAGUAAAGAUGAACUUGACGGUUAUUGACACACCAGGAUUUGGAGAUCAAAUAAACAAUGAAAACUGCUGGGAACCAAUUGUGAAAUAUAUUAAUGAACAGUAUGAAAAAUACCUGAGAGAAGAGAUUAAUAUCAAUCGAAAGAAGCGGAUUCCCGACACCAGGGUACACUGCUGUGUAUACUUUGUGCCUCCGACAGGACACUGGUUGCGUCCGUUGGAUAUAGAGUUUAUGAACCGUCUAGCCAAAAUAGUCAAUAUAGUCCCUGUUAUCGCAAAGGCUGAUACGCUUACUUUAGAUGAAAGACGAGAUUUUAAACAGAGGAUCCGACAAGACCUGAGAAAUUAUUCCAUUAGUGUUUACCCCCAGACAGAGUUUGAUGAAGAUUCUGAGGACAAAUUACUAAAUGACACAGUUAGAGAGAAAAUCCCUUUUGCAGUUGUGGGUACCGACCAAGAACAUCAAGUGAAUGGGAAGAAGAUAUUAGGCAGGAAAACCAAGUGGGGGAUUAUUGAAGUUGAGAAUGGGGCACACUGUGAAUUUGCAAAUCUAAGAGACCUACUGAUCCGGUCCCACCUGCAGGAUCUGAAAGACGUCACACACAGGAUCCAUUACGAGAGCUACAGAGUGCGAAGAUUAAAUGAAAGCAACGGCAUAAUCAAAGGCUUGCCGAAAGAGAACUAUGUAACCAGCAAGGAAGACCUGGAAAAUAAUCACUGAGGUCCUGCUCAUCAGCCGGCAAUAAACUUUGCUUUCAAUGUCUCCCUUGCAUUGUACAGAUUUUGUAUUUCAAAUAGAACUGGAGUUAAAAGUGUUUUCUGUGUUAAAGCAAGGCUGUGGGAUUAUAGAAUUUAUGUAGAUCUUUUAACGGGCAAUGGGGUGGA